AUGGAAAUCCCCUCAGUUCAGAAGUCAAUAGUCUACAAUCAGCCUGGAACGAUAUCGACUCAAGUCGUCGAGCUCCCCGUACCCGAACCAGGCCCUGGUGACGUGCUCAUCUAUCUUACUCACUCGGGCGUGUGCCAUUCGGAUCUUGGCGUAAUGAUGAAUUCUUGGAACACGCUGCCCGUCCCAACGCCCAAGGGCCAAGUGGGCGGACAUGAAGGGGUCGGCCACAUAGUCAAACUUGGUUCAGGAGCCGACACAGCGGGUGUCAAAAUUGGAGAUCGUGUCGGAGUCAAGUGGGUGUCUAGCACUUGUGGCAAUUGUGGUUCGUCUCCCGCUCCGUCCUCCGAUCGUUCGUUCAUGUUUUGUCUCAUUCUCCUGACGUAUGUAGAGCCAUGUCAAGCCGGAUCAGACGGUCUUUGUUUCAACCAGGAAAUAUCCGGCUACUUCACCCCAGGGACCUUUCAGCAAUAUGUGGUCAGCCCGGCACGUUAUGUGUCGCCUAUUCCCGACAGCCUCAACUCUGCUGAGGCAGCCCCUAUGCUUUGCGCAGGAACUACUGUGCACGCUGCUCUCAAACGCAGUAAUGCGAGACCAGGACAAUGGAUAGUGAUUGCUGGCGCUGGCGGUGGACUCGGACAUCUAGGAGUGCAGCUCGCUAGCCGAGGCAUGGGUCUUCGAGUCAUUGGUGUCGAUCAGCCCAGUAAGGCUGACAUUGUCCUUUCAUCGGGCGCAGAGCAUUUUGUCGACAUCACCCAGUUCCCUAAAGAUGACCAAGGGGCUGCUAUCUCCUCCCACAUCAUAGCGCUAGCCGGCGGACUUGGUGCCCAUGCUGUGGUUGUCUGCACUGGUUCUGACAAAGCCUAUGCCAGCGCCCUGCGCUUUCUGCGUUUCAACGGCACAUUGGUGUGCGUAGGGUUGCCAGAGCACGGAACACAGCCUAUUGACUCUGCCAGCCCCGGCGCGAUAAUCGCAAAUCAAUAUAACAUAACUGGCUCGGCCGUUGGCAAUCGCCAAGACGCCCUCGAAGUACUUGAUUUCGCAGCUCGUGGAAUCAUUAAGGCACGUGUACGCAUUGAAAAUAUGAAUUCACUGGCAAGAGUCUUCCGAGAGAUGGACGAGGGACGAUUGCAAGGAAGGGUAGUGCUCGACUUACAAUAG